AUGGGUCUAUUAAAUUCUAAAAAUCCCAAAGCCAAGCAAGCCAGAAUUCUUCUUCUGGGACUUGACUCUGCUGGGAAAUCAACUCUCCUUUACAAAUUAAAGCUUGCUAAGGAUAUUGAGACUACCCCAACAAUAGGUUUCAAUGUGGAGAUGAUGGAGUUGGAAAAGGGUCUUCAACUCACAGUCUGGGAUGUUGGAGGACAGGAAAAAAUGAGAACCGUAUGGAGUCUCUACUGUGAGAACACUGAUGGGCUGGUGUAUGUUGUGGACAGUUCAGAUACACAGCGACUGGAAGACUCCAGGAGAGAGUUUGAGCACAUUUUGAAGAAUGAGCACAUUAAAAAUGUGCCUGUUAUCCUGUUAGCCAACAAACAAGAUGUGCCUGGAGCAAUGAAUGCAGAGGAAAUCACCAGAAUGUUCAAAGUGAAGAAACUCUGCAGUGACCGGAACUGGUACGUGCAGCCCUGCUGUGCCGUCACUGGGGAUGGAUUGAUGGAGGGGUUCCGGAAGUUAACUGGGUUUGUGAAAAGCCACAUGAAGUCAAGAGGGGACACUUUAGCAUUCUUUAAGCAGAACUGAGGUCCAAGUGGGGAAAGAGACACUGAUAAAG